AUGGAUGCUGAACAUUCCGAUGUACCUCUACCCCUUACCGGAGGAGAUAAGGAGGGGCCUGCUGCUGAUGAAGAGCAGCCAGGCUACUGGGCCGAGGCCGCACUUGAAAAUCCGUGGAGAAGAGGACGCCGUAACAUUCAGAUUUCGAACAAAAUUCAAAGCGGGGAGUUUGUCCCGCCGAAGGAUCAAAGGCUUCACUCAAUAACGCGCGAACGGAUUCAACGACUUGAGAAUGAUGCCAAAGACCUACGAGCCAUACUAGAGCGAAAGGAAAAUUUCUUCGGCUGGGUGUUUUGCUCCUCUGGUCUCAUUGAAGUAUCCUUAAGAAUACCAGGUGGCGAGUCGAUUAUGGACUGGGCAUUGAUCCUUCCGGCUCCGGAGCGAGGCCCUGGCAUCACAAGUCCGCACACCUUUGGCCCCUUCAUUGUGGAGGGCGAUUCUGAACCACUUCAGCUAAAUGGAAUUCUCGACCGUGUAAGUGACCUACACCCCGGCCAGAUACUCAUGAAAACCGGGCACAAGACUCUCACCACCAUUGGGACCUAUAAUGGACUUCGGACAUGCCUUAUCUCAGAGAAAGGAGCCCCAACAUGGGAACACUUAAUCCUACCGCUCACGGGAGCAGAACUUUCUGGUUCACCCUUUCAACUUGCUGGAGACUCGGGCUUGCUGGUCUUUAGCCGGGGACACCAACGGAACAAACCGUCAAUCAGCAAGCAAGUUGCCAAUGAAGCAUGGGAAGAGUUGAAACGGAAUGAUGGCAUUAUCAAAGAGCUCACCGCUGAGCUUGCAUAG